AUGGGAAUGACCAAACCCGACCCCAGCCUUACGAGCGACUGGUCUGGGCUGGGCUCCAUCCUUCCGUGGGCCGUGGCUCGCUCGACGAACUACCAAGUUCCUUCUCACGGCCGACGGGACCAGACCAAGUUCUCCAGUCUCCUUCUCACGGCCGACCAUGGCCGCUCAAUCCCAGCGCCGGCCGUGGCUCUCUCCCCUCUGAAUCCCUCACUCAGCUCCACUCCUCUGCCCGACCGCUGCAGCCCAGCGCCGCCGCCGGCACUUCUCUCCCACUUGGCCCACGAUCCCAUCGCGGCUAAGCCCGACGCGGCGACCUGCAGGCGACGCGAGGAAGCGCGCCCUCCGCCGCGCUCGUCCGACGCAGCGACUCUCCCCGCCCCUCCCAGCUCUUCCCGACGCUCCUUUGCUGCAUCCUCCACGGUAUUGCUUCUUCUCAGCCUUCUCUUAGGUUACACAGUACGGCCGCCGGCCAUGAAGGAAGAGGAGGAGGCGGUGGCGGAGGCGGCGGCAGCGCGCGAUCCCAAGAGACGCAGAUCCGGUGGCCAGCAAGUGCCACCCGGGGGCGGCGAGGAGCAGGGAGGCCUCGGCGCCCUAGACCUCAUCAGCGGCCUCCCCGACGAGGUGCUCGGCACCGUCGUCUCCUUCCUCCCCACCAAGGACGGCGCCCGCACGCAGGUCCUCUCCCGCCGGUGGCUCCCCCUCUGGCGCUCCAACAUGGCGCCGCUCAACCUCGUCGUCGACCGCGACCUCUGCAGCGACCCAUCGCGCGCCGCGGCGGUGGUCUCCAAGAUCCUCUCCGACCAUCCCGGCCCGGCUCGCCGCCUCUCCAUCCACAUCAUCCCCCACCGCGGCUUCCGGGCCAAGGUCGCCCCCUGGUUCCUCUCCGAGAAGCUCACCGGCCUCCAGGAGCUCGAGGUCACCAACCCGCGCAGGAAAUGCUACCCUCUGCCACGCCACGCGCUGACCCGCUUCGCGCCCACGCUCCGCCUGCUCAAGCUCAGCGGCUGCCGCCGAUUACGCGAGCUGCCGAGUUUUCCGCGCCUCAAGCAGCUCAUCCUCAACGACGUCGGCAUCUCGGACGACUCUCUUCAACGCAUGAUCUCCAGCUGCGCGGUUCUGGAAAGCCUUUCGCUGCGGAGCGUGAGGUUUGGCCGCCUUUGCAUCAGUUCCCAGACCCUUAGGAGCAUUGACCUCCAUGCACUCCGCUCAAAAGGAUUGGAGCUGCUCAUUGAGGACGCCCCUUGUCUAGAGAGGUUGCUACCAGAUUUUCCAAAUGACGGUCUCGCGACCAUCAGAGUGAUCCGGGCUCCUAAGCUGCACAUAUUAGGUUUUUCUUGUCUGAGGGCAUAUCCACACUCAACCUUGGAAUUAAACUUGCGAAUGUAGAAGACAGGUGAAUGUUACUAGUUGUUAUGUGUUCUGCUUAGUUGGUACCGAUUGUUCUCUCCUGCUUGGUGUCGUAUUGUAAGCUGGUAGUACCUGAAGGCAACUAAUAUGUUUGGGUAUCUACCACCUGCUCUAAUGAGAAGACACAUGCUUGUGUUUUUUUAAUCUAAAACCAUACAAUAUAAAGUUUAGUUCUCCGCA